AUGAUUGAGGGGGUGACCCACAUGUUCGGCAUCGUGGGGAUACCUGUAGUGGAGGUGGCAGUUGCAGCACAACAAAAUGGAUUAGAAUAUGUCGGGAUGCGAAAUGAGCAAGCAGCAUGUUAUGCUGCUCAGGCCAUGGGCUAUCUCACCCAGAGACCAGCUGUAUGCUUGGCAGUGUCUGGACCGGGUCUUCUCCAUACGCUUGGUGGAAUGGCUAAUGCUCAGAGCAAUUGCUGGCCACUGAUUGUGAUUGGAGGAUCAAGUGACUUGGAUCAGCUAGGAAGAGGAGCCUUUCAAGAAUUUCCCCAGGGAGAAGCCAGUCGCAUCUACUGCAAAUAUGUUGCUAAUAUCACAUCAAUUUUGCAAAUACCCUAUGUUGUUCAGCAGGCAGUUCGCUCAGCUAUUUAUGGCAGACCAGGAGUUUCAUAUAUUGAUGUCCCGGGCAGUGUGCUUCGUGAUCAGGUCCAAGAGGAAAAUAUUAAGGGAGUGAGUCUUAUUCCAAGCCCACCCAAGGUUCUGGCGCAUCCAUCUGCAGUAGCUCAAGCAGCAUCUGUCCUCUUUGGUGCUCAUAGGCCUCUUGUCAUUGUUGGAAAAGGUUGUGCAUAUGGACAAGCUGAAGAACCUAUUCGUCAAUUCAUGCAGAAGGCAGGACUUCCAUUUCUACCAACCCCCAUGGGAAAAGGAGUAGUUUCUGAUCUAUCUCCUCAGUGUGUGAUAGCAGCUCGUACAGUUGCACUUCGCCAGGCUGAUGUCAUCCUACUCCUUGGUGCACGUCUCAAUUGGAUCCUGCAUUUUGGACUACCUCCACGAUUUUCUCCAGAUGUCAAAUUCAUUCAAGUGGAUGUUUCAGCUGAGGAGUUUCACACAAGUGUUGAAAUCACCACAAUGCUCCAAGGAGACAUAGGUUGUGUUAUAGAACAGUUGCUUGAAUUCAUGCAGCAAGCUAAAUGGCAAUUUGCAAAAGCAUCCCCUUGGUGGAAGGAACUGAAUGAGGCCAAAGAAAAGAACCUGAAACUUGUUCAAGCUAUGGCCUUAGAUGCCUCUGUGCCUCUCAAUUACUACACUGUCUUCCAUCACAUUCAGCAAGAACUCCCAUCAAAUUACAUAUUGGCAUGUGAGGGAGCCAACACAAUGGACAUCAGCAGAACAGUACUUCAACAUGCUCUUCCAAGGCAUCGCUUGGAUGCUGGAACAUUUGGAACCAUGGGUGUUGGGCUUGGUUUUGCCAUUGCUGCUGCUCUUUAUUGCCAGAAACAUGAGCCAGGCAAAAGAGUUGUAUGUAUUGAAGGGGAUUCUGCUCUUGGAUUCUCUGCCAUGGAGACUGAAACAAUGUUCAGAUACAAGCUCCCUGUGAUUCUGAUCAUCAUCAACAAUAAUGGGAUAUACAAUGGGUUAGAUCAAGCUGCAUGGGAUAACAUGCGAGAGAAUUCUGAUGUCCCUCUCACACUCACGACCCCUCCAAAUUGCCUCUUGCCAGAGUGUCACUACGAAAGCUUGGCAGGGCUUGGAAGAGGUGUAGGUCGACUCUGUCAAACCAUACCCCAGAUUCAAUCUGCUCUCAGAGAGGCUCUAAGUAUUCAAGAUGCUCCAACUAUCAUCAACAUCAUGAUUAAUCCCCUAUCCCAGAGGAAACAGCAAGACUUUGACUGGCUGACACGUUCAAAGAUGUGAAAAACUGGUUGAUCUAUAUGGAAGUCAUUCUUCACUCUUGGGGAAACUACUCUAUUUCAUCUAUCUUUUAAAUGUCACCAUAAAAAACCAUUUGACCAUUACAUCCAUUACAUAAUAGCCAUCACAUCUGAAAUUGGAUGUUGUGCUCAUUUAUGAGGGUG